UAGCAGAGGGGUCCUUGUAGCCGCUAGCAGCAGCUACUCAGCCACUGGCCGGUGUGAGCCUGAGCAUCCUUCUAGAAAAAUACCACGGAAAGUGAAAGACUCAGACUGCACCUAUACAGUUAACGUUAACCCCGUCUAAGGAAAUCUCUUUGAAGACAAAGAGUAUAAAGAUGCCUUCAGCAAUGGUUGGCAACAAUGCUGUCCAGUCUGCCAUUCCAGACCUGGGAAAUGGAAGUCAUUCAGAGACCAUGAAGCAGGUUCUUGGUGUGGUUGACAAGAAGGUUCGCAACAUGGAAAAGAAAAAGUCCAAACUGGAUGACUAUCAGGCAAAGAAGGAUAAGGGAGAAAGACUGAAUCAGGAUCAGUUGGAGGCGCUGACAAAGUACCAAGAGAUCACCAACAACCUUGAGUUUGCUCGAGAAUUGCAGAAGAGCUUCCUGGCAUUGGGCCAAGAGGUUCAAAAGGCAGUGAAGAAAACUGCAAGACGGGAGCAGCUGCAGCGGGAGGAGGGGGAACAACGGCGGCUUAAGACAGUAUUGGAGCUGCAGUUUUUACUGGACCAGUUGGGAGAUGACAAUGUCAGGCAGGACCUGAAACGGCCUGAUGCCUCUGGUUCUCCCUUGUUAACUGAUGCCGAUCUCACAUCCCUUGAUGAGUUGUACAAACUUGUGGGACCUGAUAGGAACUAUGACGUCAGGUUGACUGAGCAAUAUGAUGAGGCCUCAGUACACUUGUGGGAACUACUUGAGGGCCGAGACAAGGCUGUGGCAGGGACCACAUAUAAGUCACUGAAGGACACUCUGGACAAGGUGCUGCUGAGUGGUUACUUUGACAGAGCACAAACUCAUCAGAAUGGCACGUGUGAGGAGGAGGAGGAGCAGGGGAAGCAGAUCGUGGUGGCUGAGUCUAACGCUGGGGAGCAGCCAUCAGAACCCGAAGGAACAGCUACUGAAAAUUAUACAGAGCCAAUAAAAAUGGAAACCACAGAGUUUGUAAACAGACAGUUCAUUCCAGAAACCACGUACAGCAGCACAGACAAAGACCAAGUGGAGGAGUGGACAGUGGAGGCACAGAUGGUGAAUUCCCUCCAGCACCAGCCCCCUGCCCAGCUGGCUCCAGAACCAGCCGUUACUGUGAACCAUGUCUCUCCCCCUCCGGCCAACGACCCAGUGGUCAGAAAGCAGGCGGUGCAAGAUCUAAUGGCCCAGAUGCAAGGAACGUACAACUUCAUGCAGGACUCCAUGUUGGAGUUCGAUGGCCAGGCUCUUGACCCAGCCAUUGUGUCCGCCCAGCCGAUGAAGCCUGUGCAGACUGUUGACCUGCAGCAGAUGGGCUGUGCUUCAUCACACUCAGAGUCCAGACUUCCUCAAACAAGUUCAGUGUCUGGACCACAGGAAUCCUCACAAGCCUCGAUGUCUCUGUCUUCUGAGCAGUCCCCUGCCCCAUGCUCCCUGUCCUCUGCCUUCCCACCUGUCUCCAAACCCACCCACACAGGAGGCAUCAAUGUCAACGCAGCACCCUUCCAGUCAGUGCAAGCGGUAUUUAACCUGAAUGCACCUGUGCCGCCAGCCACUGAUGGCCAAGCAGAUCCUCUGAAGCAGCCUAGCCAGUUCCCUGGUGGCUAUGGACAGGGCUUUAGCAGCCAGUCAGAGAAUACUGUAGACCAGCCUGACAUCCCACAGGAGACACUACAGUCAGUUGUUGCUGGGUUCCAGCCCCAAGCCCAGGUCAUGCCCCCAACAGGCGGACAUGAAGAGUCGUCACCAGGUGCAGGAUUUGGACAGUCAGGCCAGUCCUUUUACAACAGCAGGGCCGUGCCCAGGGGUGGACCCAGGAACCCCCGUGGUAUGAUGAAUGGCUACCGGGGGUCCUCUAAUGGAUUUAGAGGGGGAUAUGAAGGCUAUCGCCCUCCUUUCUCAAAUGCUCCCAACAGUGGUUAUGGUCAAACCCAAUAUAACACGCCCCGGGACUAUUCAAAUAGCACCUACCAAAGGGAGGGCUAUCAGCAAGGAUACAAACGAGGAGCUGCCCAAGGACCUCGAGGUUUGUCUCGAGGAAACGCUCAAGCAAUGAGAUCCUAAAAGAUCCUAAGGACCGUCAAGUCGCGCCACGUUGAACAUUCAGGAUUUUUGAAUGUGUUCGCCCCAGCUCACUUUUAUAACAAUGUUUUGUUUCUCAUUGGUAAUCUUAUUUUUUUAACUCCUGGCCUACUUAUCAGUCAGUCUGCUUUGGUCUGUCUAGAUCCUCUUAAUGUUUUAACACAAAAUGCUGAACUUCACAUGAACAUGUAGGAUUAUCAGCAAGUCUGUGUGGUAUAAAACAACAAAUAGAUAUUCCUGUAAACUUGAAAGAUUUCAUUAAUUUAUUUUUUGUACAAAAUAAAUGCAAAAAAUACCCUGCCACUGUCGAUCUGAUUCCAUGAUGAUUAUUUUCUUCUCCCCUGUGCUGUCAGCCACGUUUUUCCUCUUGAUCCUAUAGUUUUCAUAAAGGCAUUUAAUGUUUAUUUUUAUUUACCCCAUUGUCACCUCUUGCGCCAUCACCUCUUUGUACGCUGAUGUUAUUAGUUGAGACUGUUUCAAUAAAGUUGUGUUCUAUUA